CACAUGCAUCGGCAAAAGACGAGAACGCGCGCCCUGUGUCUUCUCUGCUUCCCUCUCGGAUACUGUCGUUUCCUGCAUUCUAGUUGAUUGGCAAGUGGGGCCGGGACGACCACUGAGUAGCGAAAUCCUGGUAUAAGAUGGAGGUUUGUGAGAGACUUUUGUGCCUGGCCGUGGUGUCCAGCGUUCUCUGCGUUGGCUCGGUUCUGGGGAAAUACGUGAGAGGUAUCGUCAAUACCAAGGAGGACUGGCUGUUCCUUACUCGCUUCUGUUUUCUCACUGAUUUUGGACGUCUGGACUUCCGGUUCCGCUACCAAAAGUCGCGAUGCUGUCAGAAUAUAUUGCUCUACUUUGAUGACAGCUCUCAGUGGCCAGCUGUGUACAAGAAGCCAGACAAGGACUGCUACCAGAAGGAGGCGGUGUUGAGACCAGAGAAUAACCAGGUUAUCAACCUGACCACACGCUACACCUGGUCUGGCUGUGUGGUGGAAGGAGAGGGAGAUGAGGAGGUGCUGAGUUGUGUGGGAGGUCGUAGUUUCCGCUCGGUGAGGGAGAGAUGGUGGUACAUCGCUCUCAGCAAGUGUGGGGGGGAAGGUUUGCAGCUGGAGUAUGAGAUGAAGCUGACCAAUGGCCAGUCUUUCUGGACACAGCAUUUCUCUGCAGACGAGUUUGGGAUCCUGGAAACUGACAUCACGUUCCUGGUUAUCUUCUCCCUGGUCUUCAUCCUCUCAUGUUAUUUUGCCUAUAAUCUGAAAGGAAGGCAGCUUCUCCAUACGACAUAUAAGAUGUUUAUGACUGCGGCUGGUGUAGAGGUUGUUAGCCUUCUGUUCCACUGUAUCUACUGGGGCCUGUAUGCCAGAGAUGGAGUGGGCAACGGCAGUCUCAAGAUAAUGGGGAAAUUACUGUUCUCUGUCAGUUUCCUGGUGUUCCUGCUGAUGCUGAUCCUGCUGGGAAAAGGCUUCACUGUCACCAGGGCGAGGAUCAGCCACAGUGGAUCUGUCAAGCUGUCCAUCUACAUGACAGUCUACACCGUCACCUAUAUCAUCCUCUUCAUAUACGAGGCAGAGUUCUUUGACCCAGGUGAGGUGCUGUAUGCAUAUGACAGCCCGGCGGGCUACGGUCUGAUGGGUCUCCAGCUGCUGGCCUACGUGUGGUUCUGCUACGCCGUCCUGAUCUCCCUCAAACACUACCCUGAGAAACAACCCUUCUACAUCCCCUUCUUCACGGCAUACACACUCUGGUUUUUCGCUGUGCCCGUCAUGGCUCUGAUAGCUAACUUUGGCAUCCCUCGCUGGGCACGGGAGAAGAUCGUCAACGGCAUCCAACUGGGAAUCCACCUCUAUGCUCACAUCGUAUUCCUCGCUAUCACUCGGCCCUCUGCGGCCAAUAAGAACUUCCCGUACCACGUGCGGACCUCUCAGAUCGGGAUCCUACUCUCUAGUCCGAAGGCGGGUGUGGCGAGUGAGAGUUUCCCCCACCAUGCCUAUGGGAACAGCUCCUUCCUGGGCGACUCCCAGCCCAACUUCACAGAACUCUUCUCCAUCCAGUCGGGCCCAGUGAAGACGGUGGAGGAGACGGUGGCCCGGAAGGGACAGGAAGUGCAGAGGAACAGUGAGCAUAAGAUCAUCACCACCACGGCCGACCUGUCGUUACCCACCUUCCCCCCACUCCCUCCCCCCAUGCCCACCCGCCUCUCCCCCCCUCCCCCUCCACAACUCCCCUCCCACUUCACUGAGUACUUCAGCAUGCAGGGGGGAGGGGGCAUGGGCACCAAGGCAUGAGACAGACAGAGAGAAAGAAAGAGGGACACAGAGAGAAAGAUCACGAGGGAGGUGAAGAUCAGGUAGCAUAGAAAACAGGUCAAGCUAUGUAUAGCCACGAGGGAAGGAGGGAGGGAUAUGAGGAGGAAGAGAAGGGGAAGUCAUUAUAAGCAGACAUGUGGAAUGGAAAUCCUAAAUGUCCCAUUUUGACCUCGGAAUGGGAAAAAAGCUGAAUAAAGAAGAGGAUAUGGCUGUGAGUUAAAGUGCUGAGCUUGUAAAAGAAAAAAGAAGCAAUAAAUAUUUGAACAUGAGCAGGGAGAGAGGCUGGAGAGUGGAGACUGAACAAAACUCCUAUGAACACUUUUAUUCAAGAAUUUAUAAGGCAUCAAUGGAGAGGCUGAGGGAAACGUGUAAAUAGCUGAAGAGAAUGAGUUACCAUUACUCUAAAAUAGUUGCAGAGUUUAUAUUACAAAAGGGAUGUUUUUUCCCACAUUGUCGAAUUCCAAGUGAUGCUGUGACCAUUGCAAUUCUCAUGCCAUUACAUUGUACAAGAGUAAAAUAUUCACUCACACCCUGAAACAUACAUUUUUUUUCUUCAUGUUUGACAGAUGUUAACACAAAAUAUAGAAUUUCUCCAUAUAGAAUAUGUUGGGAUGAUUUAUAUUCUUAUAUAUGUUGAUUGCUCCAGGCUAUAGGAUUGAUAUACUGAUGUUUAAGUGUACAAUGUUCAGUUUACUGUGGACCACUGAGGUACGGCUAAAACAAGCAUGUACUCCCUGUCUCUAAACUGAUUAUACUCCAUGUGUUCAUACAGUGCGUGUGCCUGUUGUACCAAACUACUAUACAAUAGCUGUGUAUAUUUCAUACCAUAUAGGCUACCGAGGUGUUAAUGUCACUUCUUCUCGAUUUCUAUUGGAACCUUAUGUUACCUUAUGUCAUACUGUCCACAGACAACUGUUUUAACUCAGAAUAUUACUGUUCAGUUUUCACUGGAGUGCAAGAUAUUAGCUUGCUCUGAAUGUAAUUCCUUGAUGUAUGUAGACCUUGGUGAAUGUAUUAAUGCAAUAGAGCACAGGGAAAGGGGUGGUUUUAAAGUUAAAUUAUUAUUUUUUACAUAGAAAUCAUACUUAUAGCUUGUUUUACUUUCAAUUUCAGCCUCCGUCCUUGACACAUGAUUUAAGGAGGGAAAGUUGUCCAGCGAGGAUGUGAACUAACUUCACAAUCACCCCCCCCCCCCCCCCCCCCCCCCGACUAGUAUGUAAUGAUGUCAUGUCAAACCUGUACAUGUCUGUUUGUAUGGCCGUUUCCCUCAGUGAAGUUGUACAUCGGAUCUGAUACUGCGUGAGGGGCUCAUUGUUGUUUAUCCAUAAGUAGGAACAGUAGUUCUUCCUGACCAUGAAAAGUCCUGGGCCCAUAAACAACUAAAGCAAACCUUUUAGAGUAACUGUGAAAGUAGUAGCACCAACGUCCUGUUUGUCCUGCAUGAAGCACUUUAAUGUUCCCCUUCUCUUAGUUUUCUGUUCCGCCAUUUAUUUCAAAGUGACUUUGAUUAGCGCUUUAAUCUGGAUCAUAUGUAUCCACACACUACAUCCGAUCAUAUUCCGGUAUCAAAUAUACAAAUGUUACCUGUAGAUAUGUUCAUAUUAAUCAAUGUCAUCAAGUGUCAUUAUCAGACAUAUAAAAAAUGUACAUGAUCUGAAUCAUAUUAAGUUGAUUAAUGAAAUAGCCUAAUGAUAUCAAUGUAAGGGAGGGAGGGGGGUAUUCACAAGACUGUGUCAAGGCCAAUUUACCACCUGUUCUAAGAAAUAGAAGUAAUCAAUUACAUUUUUUUUUAUUUUUUAUAACUUGUUAAUAUCUGAGUAUGAAACAUGCACGUCUCUUUAAUCAUUUGGUGUGGGAGAAAGAAUGGUGGUUAAUUGACUGUUUCUAAUGGUUUAAUUAAUAGCCCUUUACUACAGAAAGACAAUGUCUGGAGUAGGCUUGGGUUGGUCAGACUGGUACAGCACAUGUUAUGUACAUGAGAACAUACGGUCAAAGGUAUAAUGUAGUCUAAAAAAGAAUGACACUUGAAUUAGAUUGUUCUGGUGUUCUAAAGGUUGUCUCUGUAGGCGUUUAUAUAUUUGUCUCUAUUGCCAUUACAGUCCACUGUUGUCCAUGGUUACGGAUGCCAUUACUUGACUGAAUAGAUUUUGACAGACAGGUUCCAGUCAUCCUGUACAACAAGCUGCAUGAUCAACUUAUCUAUGGUAUUUGUCUAUUAUACACAGACACAAGUAGAAGACCAACGGGAGAUGAGUGAGGGUUUGAUAUGCAUGACAGACAACAGCACAGCUUCCUGGGUAUUUAGAAGGGUCUGGUUAAGAGCACAUUACUGAAGCACUGUUUGAAAUGAAUGCAUUUUAAUGGUGUCAAAUUAGGAUAUUCUGAAUACGCUGUACAUACACUUUUUGCCAAAUUAAAAUGGUUGGUUUUAUUAGA